AUGGACUCAGCCUCCACGAGAUCCAAGGCCAAAGGUAUGAACCCCUGCUAUAUCGGAAAACUGGCCUACGACACCAAUUAUGGAAAACCCCAUUAUCAUAGAUUACACCCUGGACUAAUCCCGCGUUAAUAGCCGCUACUAGAAGAAAUAGGCUUCCCUAUGCUCCCUUCCCCGCGUACCCCAAGCGUCUCAAACUCUCCGACCUCUCUGAGCUUGAGGAGCUCUCCAGGCUCUCCAGGCUCUCCGGGCGCUCCAAGGAGCUUGACGAGCCCGCAGAUCCCGAGCCCGAGCCCUCCGCUGUCAAGCUUUCUGGCGCUGGGACGGCCCAGGCGCCUUUUGAGAUACCAGAAUCCCCAACAUUGUUGUUGUCUACUCCUUGUUUUCGCUCUCGCCACUCGGAGACCACCGCCUCACCCUGUGAACUCUCCUCCUCUCCUACACUCGCACCCACACCCACGCGCAGAGGAGAACUCCACCAGCUCCCUAGGUCCUCCGAAGCGCCUGCUCCUCUCACCCCCAGCCUCGCACCCCCAAUCCCCACCACCAGGAGAGUCACUCCGGCAAAUGGCGUCCUCUUGAACUCCAAUACUGAAGAUACAUACAUCUACCACCACGAUAUCGGCGCCAUCAUUUCCGAAGAUCCCGUCAACAAGGAUGACAGCCGCCAAGAGGAAAUAAUCCUCCUCGUGGAGGUGGCAGCGGGCCUCGUAGCGAAGACCAAUACAGCGAAUACCAUCGUGAUUUGUAAAUCCCGCGUUAAGGUUGACCAGCUGGGGCGUUCGUUUGAUAAUGAUAGGUGGAUUGCUUUAGUCCAUCCAAAGAUGGGGAAGGUUUGGCUGUUCAGGAUUCCACAUGUGAGGCUCUUGGUUGGCGGGAGAAGGCCAGCGGCCAAGUGCGGAAUCUGCGAGGGGGUUAUUCCUGAGGGUAAAGUUGCGCAUGGAUGUGUUUACACCCGCGAUGCAGUGGGAGAUGGCGGCAAUACCGAACCUGCCUUGAGAAACGCUAAGAAAGUGAGGUUUGCACUGAAGUAG